AUGGCGUGUGGAUCAGUGGAUCCUCAGAGCCUUCUCCCGCACCCACUUUCUUCUCCCAGGUUUGACAAUCUGCCCUACGUGGAAGGGCCCUGGUUCUGGUCCUGUGGUCAGACCAACAUAUCCUGCAAGGUGGUAAAUGGAAAAGUGGUGGAAGUGGGCAAAUGGCCAUGGCAGGUGAGCAUCCUUUUCCUGGGAAUGUAUGUCUGCAGCGGCUCCCUCAUCCACCACCACUGGGUCCUCACAGCUGCACACUGCUUACAAAGAUCCAAAGAUCCAGCUAACUACACCGUGAAGGUGGGUGUCCAGAACCUCCCGGACAACAGCUCUGAGCUCCUGCUAACUAGCAUUGUGAUUCACGAGAAGUUCAGCAAUCAAAUAUCUUACGACAUCGCCAUCUUGAAGCUCAAGUAUCCUGUCGCCUGGUCCCCCCUCAUCCAGCCAAUCUGUCUCCCCACCAUCAAUUUCAAGCCAACCAUUGGCACCAUGUGUUGGGUCAUCGGGUGGGGACAAGAAAAGACUAAAGGUCAUGACUAGAUCUUCAUCUCUGUAGUGGUCCCGAAGACUCCCUACAAUCUCCAGGGCUUGGCUGUUAGGAUCGUGAACAAUGAAAUCUGCAAUCAUCGGUACCAGUUCCUCCUGCAGAAGAACCAGAAGAAGUUCAUUGGGAAUGACAUGCUGUGUACGAGCUCUGAAUGGGGCCUGGACACUUGUCAGGACACCUCUGGCAGCUCCCUGGUUUGCCAGGUGAACAAAACCUGGAUCCAGAUGGGGGUGGUGAGCUGGAACUUCGGCUGUGGUCGUCGCGGAUUCCCAAGCAUCUAUACCAGCACCUCCCAUUUCACCAAGUGGGUCAAGAGGCAGAUUGUUGACAUGAGGUUUGCCAGCAUGGCUGUCCCUUCCUUCCUGAGCCCAUUCAUCCUCACUAGCUACAUUUUGCUGGUUUCCUUGGGCUCCCUGUGGCUCUUGUGA